GCUGCCCCGGGAGAGUUGAAGCCGUAGUCAUGUCGGCUGCCAUCGCUGCCCUGGCAGCUUCCUACGGCUCGGGCUCGGGGUCCGAGUCCGACUCCGACAACGACACUGGACGCUGUUCCCUGCCCGCCGCCGACUCCCUUAUCCAUCUAACGAAGACCCCUUCGGCCAAUCUCUCCCUGGUGGGGACCGUGGACGCGGCGCCGGAGGUGGCGGUUAAAGAAGAUGUAGAGACUGGAGUACACCUUGAUCCUGCCAUUAAGGAAGUCCAAUACAAUCCUUCUUAUGAGACCAUGUUUGCUCCUGAGUUUGGACCAGAAAAUCCCUUUAGGACUCAACAGAUGGCUGCCCCUAGGAAUAUGCUUUCUGGAUAUGCUGAACCAACUCAUAUCAAUGAUUUCAUGUUUGAACAGCAGAGGCGAACUUUUGCAACCUAUGGUUACGCAUUGGACCCCUCAUUAGAUAAUCAUCAAGUUUCUACUAAAUAUAUUGGGUCUGUAGAAGAAGCUGAGAAAAAUCAAGGUUUAACUGUGUUUGAAACUGGACAGAAAAAAACAGAAAAGAGAAAAAAGUUCAAAGAAAAUGAUGCAUCAAAUAUUGAUGGUUUCUUAGGACCUUGGGCAAAAUAUGUAGAUGAAAAAGAAGUAGCUAAACCUUCAGAAGAAGAACAGAAAGAAUUAGAUGAAAUCACAGCCAAGAGGCAAAAGAAAGGCAAACAUGAGGAUGACAAACCUGGGGAAGAAAAGACCAUUUUACAUGUCAAAGAAAUGUAUGACUAUCAAGGCAGGUCUUAUCUUCAUGUUCCUCAAGAUGUCGGUGUUAAUCUCCGUUCUACAGUACCACCUGAGAAAUGUUAUCUUCCGAAAAAACAGAUCCAUGUUUGGUCUGGACAUACAAAGGGUGUCAGUGCUGUCAGGCUGUUUCCUCUUUCUGGCCAUUUGUUACUGUCUUGUUCCAUGGACUGCAAAAUUAAGCUAUGGGAAGUUUAUGGAGAUCGGCGCUGUUUGAGAACGUUUGUUGGUCACAGUAAAGCUGUUAGAGAUAUCUGCUUUAAUGGUGUAGGAACUCAGUUCCUCAGUGCAGCAUAUGACAGAUAUCUUAAGCUCUGGGACACGGAGACAGGUCAGUGUAUAUCAAGAUUUACAAACCGGAAAGUUCCUUAUUGUGUGAAGUUCAAUCCUGAUGAAGAUAAACAGAAUCUUUUUGUGGCUGGUAUGUCAGAUAAGAAGAUUGUACAAUGGGACAUCAGAAGUGGGGAGAUCGUGCAAGAAUACGAUAGGCAUUUGGGAGCUGUCAACACCAUUGUGUUUGUGGAUGAGAAUAGGAGGUUUGUGAGCACUUCUGACGAUAAGAGCCUACGUGUUUGGGAAUGGGACAUUCCUGUAGAUUUUAAAUACAUAGCAGAACCCAGUAUGCAUUCAAUGCCUGCAGUGACUUUGUCUCCAAAUGGGAAGUGGCUGGCAUGUCAGUCUAUGGACAAUCAGAUUUUAAUUUUCGGAGCACAGAACCGAUUCAGAUUGAAUAAGAAAAAAAUAUUUAAAGGUCAUAUGGUGGCAGGAUAUGCUUGUCAGGUGGACUUUUCCCCAGAUAUGAGCUAUGUGAUAUCGGGAGAUGGAAAUGGAAAAUUAAACAUUUGGGACUGGAAGACUACAAAACUCUACAGUCGAUUUAAAGCUCAUGAUAAAGUAUGCAUAGGUGCUGUGUGGCACCCACAUGAAACAUCUAAGGUUAUAACUUGUGGCUGGGAUGGUCUUAUUAAAUUAUGGGAUUAACCCUCAAACUUCAUUAGAGUCUUUUGGAUUUGAUGACAUAUUUAACUGCAUUUGAUUAUUAAAUGUGUUGGGUGACAAUUUAUCUUUCACAGAUAUGUGCUCUUUACACAGAAUUCUGACUCAGUACAAAUACACAAUUUGUUUUGUAA